AUGUCGCUCUUCAGACCCUACGCUGAGCAGCACGCCGUACUCAGCGGACCAGGAGACCAACGUCCAACAGCAGAACAGGCUGUCCGCGAUCAAAACCUCGUUGGUGGCCUCGCCGGCACCAAUAUCCUCAUUACUGGAUGCAGCUCGGGAAUCGAAUUUGGCGCGAAGCGCCAAACCGGUUGUAAAGGUAAUUGCCCACCGCAGGUGCCCCCGCCGGGAGGCGGAACUACUUUUGAGCGCGACAGCGCUCUCCCGCCCCCGUCAGGCCGCGGUUAG